CGCGCAUUCGUUAUAUCAGUUGACAUUUGACUUCGGAACGAUCCGGUUGAGUUUUAAGUUUUGAGUAGCUGGUUAGUUUUCGAGGUGUGCGAAUCCGUGCUUUUCCGUGCUCAUUGUGAUCCAAUUAGGCUAAUUUCACGCGCUGGAAUGCUAGUAUUGUGAAUGGGGAGCCACAUUGUAUGGGGAUGACUGUUUAAAUUUAAGUCGCGUGAAAAGGAUUUCGUUUUGAAUGUAAAGUUGAUGGUCAAAUAGUUGAGUGUUGUGAGAGAAUUCGGUGGAAGUUUUUAAACUUCCUCACAUCUGUAGUAUAAUAGCGGAUCUUCAAACCAGAAUAGAUUGCGCCUUUUGGAAGAAGAUGAACAGAUCGCUGCUAUCGGUGCUAGCUCUCCUAUCAUUUGUGUCAAGAUCACUCUGCAGCUCUGUUCUUGUGGCUGAUUAUCGAAUGACGAGAAUGGUUGAAUUAAGUAGUCGAGCACCAUUCUGCAAAAUUCACUCGGAUCGAGGCGACAUACAGCGGAUGCUGUUGGCCUUUGACGCAAAGAAGGUCCGACAGGUGCCACGUGAAUCGGUGAUUGCCCUGGAAGAGGUAUGCAACGAGGCUAGCGGUAUUUCGGGUGAACUUCAAGGUGGCCUUGGUUUCAUCUAUCCGGGGACCAAAUGGUGCGGACCAGGUAGUCUGGCAGCAAACUAUUCCGAUGUGGGCCGUUACGCCGACGAAGACCGCUGCUGCCGCGAGCAUGACAUGUGUCCAAACAUUCUGCUGCCGGGAGAGUGCCGUCGAGGGCUGUGCAAUCGUGGUGCCUUCACGAGAUCGCACUGUGAUUGUGAUGCAAGAUUUAGAAAAUGUUUACAAAAUCUAAACACUGAAACCGCCAACACAUUGGGUGCCGUUUUCUUCAACGUUAUUCAGGUGACAUGUUUCGGCGAGAGACGUCCAUGCUCGAUUUGGCAGAGAGUUGGAUACAACGAAUCUGUAGCGGAUGAACUGUGCUCUCGUUGGAAGUAUCGUCCAAGCGAAAAAUAUAUUCCCAUCAUGCAGCAGAAGUCACACAACGGUUGAGUCGUACUCUUAGGAAAUACAGGGAUGAUUACGUUACCUAUUUUGUGAUAGAUAUUUUGUACGCUUGAUCAUGAAAUAAAGAUUGUUUCUGUAGUUUUA